AGUAGAGUUUAAUCAAGUCCUCCGUUAAAUGCUAACGCUACUGUACGCUGCUGAACUUCAGCAGUCAGUGGCAUCACUUUGGGACAUGUCAGUGUAACCCUCCGCCUGCGGUAGAUGUGCUAAGGCUGGAGUAGCCACCAUUUUGCAUGUCGAGUGUGUUCCUCCCUCCAUUGCUAAUAGAGACGAUUCCACCUACUUUCAGGCAUCACUGCGGCUGAGAAUGCCAGCUCCGAUCAGAUUGCGGGAGCUGAUCCGGACUAUCCGGACAGCAAGGACUCAGGCAGAGGAACGCGAAAUGAUCCAGAAAGAGUGUGCUGCUAUUCGUUCAUCUUUCAGAGAAGAAGACAAUACAUAUCGUUGCAGAAAUGUGGCAAAGCUUCUUUAUAUGCACAUGUUGGGCUAUCCGGCACACUUUGGGCAGCUUGAGUGCCUGAAGUUGAUUGCAUCGCAGAAGUUUACUGACAAGCGAAUAGGUUAUUUAGGAGCUAUGCUGCUGUUGGACGAGAGGCAGGACGUCCACCUAUUAAUGACGAAUUGCAUUAAAAAUGACUUGAAUCACAGCACACAAUAUGUCCAGGGACUUGCUCUGUGCACUUUGGGCUGCAUGGGCUCCUCAGAAAUGUGCCGUGACCUGGCGGGGGAGGUUGAGAAGUUACUUAAAACAUCCAACUCUUACUUGAGGAAAAAGGCGGCGUUGUGUGCAGUUCACGUCAUCAGAAAGGUUCCAGAACUCAUGGAAAUGUUCCUUCCAGCCACAAAAAACCUGCUGAGUGAGAAAAACCAUGGUGUUCUCCAUACAUCUGUUGUCCUCCUCACUGAGAUGUGUGAGAGAAGUCCUGACAUGCUGUCUCACUUCAGAAAGCUGGUUCCACAAUUGGUGAGAAUCCUGAAGAACCUCAUCAUGUCUGGAUACUCUCCUGAGCAUGAUGUGUCAGGCAUAAGUGAUCCUUUCUUGCAGGUGCGGAUACUGAGACUACUGAGGAUUUUAGGCAGAAGUGACGAUGACUCCAGUGAAGCAAUGAAUGAUAUUCUUGCACAGGUUGCAACGAACACAGAGACAAGUAAAAAUGUUGGAAAUGCAAUCCUGUACGAGACAGUAUUGACGAUCAUGGACAUUAAGUCCGAAAGUGGACUGAGGGUUCUGGCUAUUAACAUAUUGGGUCGAUUCCUCCUUAACAAUGACAAAAAUAUAAGAUAUGUGGCAUUGACAUCCCUACUAAAGACGGUACAGACAGACCACAAUGCAGUGCAGAGGCAUCGAAGUACCAUUGUGGAUUGUUUAAAAGACCUUGAUGUGUCCAUCAAGAGACGUGCAAUGGAGCUGAGCUUUGCCCUGGUGAAUGGCAACAACAUUAGAGGCAUGAUGAAAGAGCUUCUCUACUUCCUAGACUCUUGUGACCCAGAAUUUAAAGCGGACUGUGCGUCAGGAGUCUUUCUAGCAGCAGAAAAGUAUGCUCCUUCGAAAAGAUGGCACAUAGAUACCAUAAUGAGAGUUCUGACAACAGCAGGAAGCUACGUGCGCGAUGAUUCUGUUCCUAACCUUAUUCAGCUCAUCACCAACAGUGUUGAGAUGCACGCAUACACUGUACAGAGACUUUACAAAGCCCUUCUAGAUGACAUUUCACAGCAACCACUUGUACAAGUGGCAUCCUGGUGCAUAGGGGAGUAUGGAGACUUGCUGGUGUCUGGACAGUGUGAAGAAGAGGAACCUAUUCAGGUGACUGAAGAUGAGGUUCUGGAUGUCUUGGAAGGCCUUCUAGUAUCCAAUCUGUCGACUCCUGUGACUCGGGGCUAUUCACUUACUGCCAUCAUGAAGUUGUCAACUCGCUUCAGUGGUGUCAACCGAAUCAAGAAGGUGGUGUCAAUAUACGGCAGUAGCAUUGACGUGGAGCUGCAACAGAGAGCUGUAGAGUACAACGCACUUUUCAAGAAAUAUGACCACAUGAGGCCUGCUCUUCUCGAAAGAAUGCCCAUCAUGGAGAAAACUGCCACAAAUGGCCCCACAGAGAUUGUGCAAACUAAUGGGGAGACGGAACCCUCGGUUGGGGAGCCAAAACAUCCACCCCUUGUCAGUCAGCCAACUAACCAGGCAAAUGAUUUAUUAGACCUCCUUGGCGGUAAUGAUGUGGUGCCUGUAAUCCAGACGACUGUGUCGCCCAAGCUUGCUUCAGCUGGGGGGGAGCUCCUGGACCUGCUUGGUGACAUCUCAUUAAGUGGUGCUCCAGCCCCUGCUCCCACUCCCUCUGCACCUGCCUCCCAACCCCCUUUUCUCCUGGAUGGCCUCUCCUCACAGCCCCUCUUUAAUGACAUUGCAGCUGCAGGUAUUCCUCCUAUGACGGCCUACAACAAGAACGGUCUCAAAAUAGACUUCACGUUCGAGAGGGCAAACCCCAACCCUAACGUUGCGGUCAUCACCAUCCAUGCUUCCAACUCUACAGAGGCAGACAUGACAGAGUUUGUUUUUCAGGCUGCAGUACCAAAGACAUUCCAGCUGCAGCUCCUGUCCCCGAGUAGUAAUGUCGUCCAAGCACUCAACCAGGGAACUGUCACACAGGUCAUCAGAGUCCUUAACUCACAGAAGCAACAGCUGCGCAUGAGGGUGAAGCUGACGUACACCCACAAAGGCUCACCUAUCCAGGACCUGGCUGAGGUCAAUAACUUUCCCCCUCAGUCGUGGCAGUGAUACGUUGCUUCAUUUGCUCCUAAAAGCCUCUCUCCAAAGGGGACUAUGAAAAUUAUUUUCUUUCGCCUUUCUUCCCCCCCACUCAAUUCCCUUCCUUUCUUCCAAUGGACCCGCUCAAAAGACGUAGAAAAAAACGCUGCCCUCCAGUCGCAGCAGUGUCUUUAACGAAGGAAAAAAACAAAAGGGUGGGAUUACCUAUCAAUCAAUGAACUUUCUCCUUUUCUUAAUUGGUGUCAUGUCCUUUGCUACUUUUUUUCACUCAUCGCCCUGUAUGAACAGACUAGUAAAUAUGAAAUGAUUAACACUUCAAGUAAUAUUUAAGAUUGUUCUUUAAAUACCUUUAUAACGGUUUAUCAGAUGAUUUACUUCAUGUUUGAAAAGCAUUCAUCAGCUGAGAGUGUACUCGCUUCUUUGCAUCACAAUCACAUUCUGACCUUCUAGCAGAAUGGCCACAUUUCAUCUGAAAAUGUUGGACUUGGUAAUUGACAACUUCACUGCAUAGGUUUCCUCACAGUCUAUAUAUCGCUUGUAAGGAUGACUAUGUGUUUAGUUUUAGUCAAGGAAGGUCAGAAUCCUUUGACGCACUCAAAUGUUUUUCCUUGUGGCUCAUGUUACCUUGUCACUGGGACACAUUUUAUCUGGUUGCACAAACCCAUGUAAUUGAAGCCUGUUAUGAAUGUAGUUACAUGCACUGAAUGCUGAUCUCCCCCUUUUGUUUUUAGUUUGUUUCCAUAGCUGAUGAGACUGUCAUCACAUUGGCACUAUUUCUGUGAAAGUAUGUUUGAUUUCUGCAGUAAAUCCACUUGAUUAUUUA